AUGGGUGCCGAGGGUGAUUCAAGCGUGACUGUGAGUGGUGGCGAACAGGUGAAUGUGAAUAUCCGAUGCUCCAACGGCUCGAAAUUCUCCGUACGGACGAGCCUCGAAUCGACAGUGGGGGAUUUCAAGGCUGUUCUGGCGCAGAAUUGCGACGUUCCAGCUGAACAACAGCGUUUGAUUUACAAAGGUCGGAUCUUAAAGGACGACCAAACCCUAGUUAGCUAUGGUUUGCAGGCAGAUCACACGGUUCAUAUGGUGCGUGGUUCUGCUCCAGCUGCAUCACAACCCUCAGUUGGUGCUGCUGCAAGUGCUGAAAAUGCCAAUAAUUCUGGCGCCACACAAGGUGCUAGUCCCGAUGUAGGGGGUGCUGGGGGCACUGGUUUAGGGGCUUCAAUGUUUCCAGGGCUUGGUUUGGAUGCACUUGGUGGCACUGGAGCAUCUGGGUUGUUUGGAGCUGGACUUCCUGAGUUUGAACAGAUGCAACAACAACUAACCCAGAAUCCUAACAUGAUGAGAGAAAUAAUGAACACACCAGCCAUUCAAAGCAUAAUGAACAACCCUGAGAUCAUGCGCAGCUUAAUAAUGAAUAAUCCUCAAAUGCGAGAUAUUAUUGAUCGGAACCCUGAACUUGGUCAUAUUCUUAAUGAUCCUGGCAUCCUUCGGCAAACAUUAGAAGCUGCUAGGAACCCUGAGCUAAUGCGUGAGAUGAUGCGGAACACUGACAGGGCAAUGAGCAAUAUUGAAUCUUCUCCCGAGGGAUUUAACAUGCUUAGACGUAUGUAUGAAAAUGUCCAAGAACCCUUCUUGAAUGCAACGACAAUGGGUGGAGGCACGGCAAAUGAUACGGCAUCAAACCCAUUCGCUGCUCUAUUGGGUAACCAAGGCACUGGUGCCCAAACCAGAGAUGGAUCUAAUCCUUCAACUGCUGGCUCCGAAAUGGCCUCUGGGGAUUCCGCACCAAAUGCUAAUCCACUUCCCAACCCAUGGACUAAUGCUGGAGGAGGUUCUCAAACAAAUAAUGCUACAAGAGCUAAUCCUGCCAGUGAUGCAAGGCCACCUGGUGUGGCCGGUUUAGGAGGGCUUGGGCUUCCUGAAUUGGAGCGUAUGGCUGGCAUGUCGGAUCCCUCUGCCUUCAGUCAAUUUUUGCAAAAUCCAGCCAUGACCCAGAUGAUGCAAAGCUUGUUUUCCAACCCUCAAUAUAUGGAUCAAAUCCUGGGCUUCAAUCCUCAGCUACGCAGCAUGCUUGAUAUGAACCCUCAACUGAGAGAAAUGAUGCAAAACCCUGAAAUUCUUCGGCAAUUGACCUCACCUGAGACAAUGCAGCAAAUGAUGGCUCUGCAGCAGCAACUGUCUCAGCUUGGUCAGCAGCAAUCAACACCAGAAAGAACUCCGGCAAAUCAGGGUACAGGAACCCAAAAUAACAUGGGGCUGGAAAUGCUGAUGAAUAUGUUUGGUGGACUUGGAGCAGGUGGUUUGUCCGUCCCAAGCAAUCCUAAUGUGCCCCCAGAAGAACUUUAUGCAACUCAACUAUCACAGCUUCAAGAGAUGGGGUUCUUUGACACCCAAGAGAAUAUCAGAGCACUGCGUGCGACUUCUGGAAAUGUUCAUGCAGCAGUGGAACGACUUUUGGGGAACCUCGGACAAUAG